CUCCAAACUUCUAUUCAAUUGAUUGAACAACUUCAACAACUGAUUUCUCAACCCACAUUUCUGCCAUUGACGACCAAAAUGAUGGCAACGACUACCCAGGUGCGAGUAAGAGGCCGACCUGCCCAUACUCAAGGCCCGACAUACCUUUCUUAUACUCCAGAUGGAACGAAAUUGGUCACAGUGGGAGCGAACAACACUGCGCGCGUUUACAAUACUGGAUCCGAUGGAGAGCCAAGUAAUAUCGAUGACUGUCAGGAUCAAAAUAUGGGAGUAGACUCAACUGUAAGUCAGGUGUUUCAGCUCUGCUGUGCUAUACUAAUAGAUGUGUAGAAUGAAUUCAUGAUUGUUGGCUCUGAGGAUGGAACGAUCAGCAAGUACACUUUUAAUACGAUGAGCCUAGAUGGAGGAAUCACACGGGUUUCGCUUCCUGUUCGAGAUAUUUGCAUAAGCAGCGAUGGAAAAUGGUGUGCCGUUGCCAGCGAUGAGUUGGUAGUAAAAAUCAUCAAUACGGAAAAUCAGAGAUCGGUCAUGUACCUCCGAGAGCAGGAAAAGUCCGUCAAGCACCUGGCAUUCGACCCAAGCGGCGAAUACAUCGCGCUUUCGUGCGCGGAUGGCCUUGUGUAUAUUUACUCUCUCGCAAAUGAGGCACCCGAACUUAUUCGCAAGAUUGACGGCCUUAUUCGGACCCUCGAGACAGAUAGCGAGAUCAGUUCCAAGGUAGUUUGGCAUCCGGAUGGACGAGCCUUUGCUGCCCCUACAGCAACGAGGGACAUACAGGUUAUGUCAAGAGGGGAUUGGGAAAAGCAGAGAACGUUUUCCAAUGGACAUACUAGCGAUAUCACGACAUUAGCCUGGUCACCGAAUGGAGCUAUGAUGGCCUCUGCUGGAAAGGAUGGAAAGAUUCUCUUGUGGGAUACCAAAACCCAAAAGAUUAUUGCCAAUUAUGACUACCCGAAUGUUAUGGAUAUGUCAUGGCAUCCAGUCAAAAACCUAUUUUCCUUCACGAAUACUGAGGGGCAGGUGUUCAUUUUCAAUGAUUUUGUGCCCGCGGAACAUGCUCAUCUUCUAAGAUUAGGCCUACAGCCCGCCCCGUUUAUCCAUGAUCCACUGAAAGAGAUAUCAGGAAAUGCUCGCCGACCAGCUGCAAAUGUGACCAAGCUUCCACAGCGAGGUGUUCGCCAGGGCUCGGUGGAUAGUUUGGCAGAUAUACUCGGACCCGAUCUUCUAGGAGAAGAUGAUGACUUUGUCGUUGAUGACGACGGCGCAGGCUAUGCAUUGGGUUUGAAUAAAAAUGGAAAGAGACCAAAUGAUGACACUGAUCCUUUCUCUGGCCAACUAUCAAAACGAACUGCCCUCGGUACAUUUAGCCCACAAAUCCACCAAGCAUUCCAGCCUGGAUCUACACCAUGGAGAGGCGACCGGAAAUAUCUGUGUCUGAAUCUAGUAGGAUUUGUCUGGACCCAGGACCAAGAUACACACAACACAGUGACGGUAGAAUUCUACGAUACAGAAUAUUACCGUAACUUCCACUUUACCGACAAUUAUCUCUAUGACAAAGCGUGCCUCAACGAAAAUGGUACACUUUUUGCCUGCAAAGCCGAGCCAAAGACACCGGCAGUCAUCUUCUACCGUCCACACGAAACCUGGACAGCAAGAACGGAUUGGCGAACAGAAUUACCCCAGGGAGAGGAUGUCACCAGUAUUUCCUUGAGCGACUCGUUCGUCACUGUGACUACAAGUACGAAUUAUGUCAGAAUAUAUACUCUGUUUGGUAUCCCGUAUAAAGUUUAUCGACAGAAGAGUUCUCCCACUGUCUCCUGCGCUAGCUGGCGAGAUUAUGUUCUCACCCUCGGAAACGGACCAGUUGGCGCAGACGGAAGCACCAAGGUUCUGUACACGAUACAAAACAUCAAAAGAGACGAAAUAUGUCAAAGUGAAGACGUCGUAGCCCUUUCAGACGGGGAAACCGUCAAGAGUGUUUUCUUCUCCGAUAAAGGCGUAAGUCACCUUCAAAACUCCAAAUGUCAUUGAAAUACUAACACUAUCCAGGAUCCAUGUAUCUACGACUCAACAGGCACCCUCCUCACCCUCCUCCACUGGCGCACCCCCUCCCAAGCAAUCUGGGUGCCCCUCCUCGACACCAAGCUCCUCUCGCGUCUCGCGUCAGGCAAAAAACAAGAAUCCUACUUCCCCGUCGCCGUAGCCGACAACAAAUUCCACUGCAUAAUCCUCAAAGGCGCCGACCAAUACCCCUACUGGCCACGUCCCCUCCUCUCCGAAUUCGACUUCGAAAUCCCCAUCUCGUCCAAACCCAAGCCGAAAGACGACUCAGACGACGUCGAGAGCGAAGGCAACGAAGCACAGAAAUUGGAGGCGCAAUUCGUACUAAGUAGUCUACUUGCAGCGCAACAUCAGGAUCUACUAGAUAAUACCGCGAGCUCGGCAGCGCAGAGGAGUGUGCUCUCGAAGAUGGAAUUCGAGAUUGAUAAGACGCUCCUGCAGAUGCUGGCUAAUGAGUGUAUGGAGGGCGAAGAGAGGGGGAUGCGAGCCCUGGAAAUGGUCUCGUUGUUGCGAGAUCGCACGGGUAAGAUGAUCAUUGCUGCUGGGAAGGUGGCUGAGCGGUAUGGACGGACGGUGUUGGGAGAGAAGAUUCGAGAUCUGGGGGAGCAGAGGAUCAUGUCUAUGGAUGAGGAUGAGGACUGAGGAGGACCUUUGGGUUGAGGAUUGAAAAGUACUUUGGGUUGAGGACUGACUGCACGAUAUUGGAGUUUUGUGGCUUGUGGCGUUUUCCACCCCUGGAUAGGGGAUUUGUUGAUGGACAUAUGACAGGAUGAUUGGUAAUGAAUUUAUGUUGUAUAUUGUGCUGUAUCUGAUAUGGUCCGGUUCCGGGGUUUCAGUCAAAUCUUAAAGUACUACUUGGUCACAACAUAACUGAUAUCUGGUGGUAUUGUAGCUACCAUCAGAACUUUAAUGAUCCA